AUUUUCGUCCCUUUUUUUAUGCCUAUUUACGGAUUUUGGAUCUCUCUUUAAACUUGGGAUUUUAGAUCCGUAAAAAUAAAUCCACUACAUUGAGAGAAGUAAGAAGAAGCUCCAAUUAAUUUUUGUUUUUUGUUUUUGAAAAUAAAAUUUCGAAACGACGCUGUAUUCUGUGCCUCCCUUCCCGCCAUGGUCGCACAGGUAGCUGAAACCCAGGCCUCUGCUUCUCAACAGUUGGCCCUUCAUGUGCCGGAAUCCUGCCCGGAGCCCGAAAGCCCGCUCGACAGUGCCAAGACAUUGAUAUGUGCCCUUAAUUUCCUCUCUCGUAAUUUGCCCUUGCCCCAACACGUAUACGACGCCGUUUCCUCCAUUUACGAGAACACCUCCAUUGACGGGGGCCAUGACGCCCCCGCUGAUGUCGGUCGCGAUGGAGAGGGUGGCGACAGAAGCGGGGCAGCUUCGCCGCCGCGAAAGGUUAAUUCGGAUGUACCUACUUACGAUGAGUUAAUGUUGGAUUUUGAGGAUGCUGUGCUGCAGCAGAGAUCGAGCUGUCUGCCUGGUUCGAGAUUGUCGGACUUAAAGGAGAGCAGAUAUCGGGGCCGGAUUCAGCAUCGCUUAAAGGAACUUGAGGUCAUGAUCCUUGCUGCUUCUCUCUUUUCUAUUGAGAAUUUGAAAGCAGAUGAAGCAAAUUCAGUGGUUGAGCUUUUUUCUGUGGAAGUGAUUGGUUUCAUCAAAAUAUUUAUGCCUUUGUUGAGGAUGGGGCAUCUAGCUGACCUAGGUAGAUAUGGUAGUAGUGUAGUGGUGCAAUUGACGAUUCUGCUGUUAGGACUUAUCACUUUCAGAAGGGCUGGAAAUGAGUUGGCCAACAUGGAUCCUUCAAGUUUUGACUCAGUGGUAUGUCGUUCUAGGGCCUUGUGCUGGGCAAACGGAUUUAUAACCAGUAAUUCCGUAAAAAAUCCUAGUCAGAAGUCUAAAUCCUGGUUUAUCUCUUUUGCAACAUCUGUUCAACACAUUAAAAGCCUGCUUGCAACCAAUGUUCAUUUCUUUUCAUCUUUUUUCCCCUGGAAAACAGAGUUACCCACAAGCAGAGGGGAGGAGCUGCAAUCAAGAUGCUUGCUCGAGCUUUACGGACUUAAGUUAGCUGACCUCCAGAGCAAAGUGCGCUCUGAAGUGAGUUCCGAGUACUGGCUCCGUCUGUAUUGUUCAAAUCCUGAUAAGCAGCUUUUUGAUUGGGGCAUGAUGCGAUUACGUCGUCCUUUUUAUGGUAUUGGAGAUGCUUUUGCAAUGGAAACUGAUGAUCCCUUGAAGAAGAAACGGGAUGCUGAGCGGCUGUCAAGAUUUGAGGAAGAAGAAAAGAAUCGUAUUGAGACUAGGAAAAGGAAAUUCUUUGCUGACUUACUCAAUGCUGCACGUGAACUCCAAUUGCAAAUACAGGCUGCUCAGAAACGUCGGAAACAGAGAAAUGAUGGUGUUCAGGCAUGGCAUGGAAGGCUAAGGCAAAGAGCUACAAGGGCUGAAAAAUUGAGGUUCCAAGCUCUGAAGGCUGAUGAUCAAGAAGCUUACAUGAAAAUGGUUGAGGAGAGCAAGAAUGAAAGAUUGACAAUGCUCCUCGGAAAAACUAAUGAUCUUCUUGUUAGAUUGGGAGCUGCAGUUCAACGUGAAAAAGAUGCCGCACAUGACAGUAUCGAGCCACUGGAUGUCUCGGACACUGAUUUACCCAAGCUGUCUACUUCUAAAGCUGAUACACCAGCACAAUCACUUCCGGAUGAAGAUGAAGAGGUUGAUGAUGAAAUUGAUAACAAAGCAAAGACGGGUGAUUUACUGGAAGGACAGCGGAAGUAUAACUCGGUUGUACACUCGAUCCAGGAGAAGGUCACAGAGCAACCGAGCAUGCUUCAAGGUGGAGAGUUGAGGCAGUACCAAUUGGAAGGGCUUCAAUGGAUGCUGUCGUUGUUCAACAACAAUCUGAAUGGGAUCUUAGCAGAUGAGAUGGGGUUGGGGAAAACGAUUCAAACUAUUUCCUUGAUUGCCUAUCUCAUGGAGAACAAAGGCGUGACUGGACCCCACUUGAUUGUGGCUCCGAAAGCUGUCCUUCCGAACUGGGUCAACGAGUUCACUACCUGGGCUCCGAGCAUUUCUGCGGUUCUGUAUGAUGGACGUAUAGAUGAGAGGAAGGCCUUGAGAGAGGAAUAUUCGGGAGAAGGAAAGUUCAAUGUUUUGAUUACCCAUUAUGAUCUGAUCAUUAGAGACAAAGCCUUUCUUAGGAAAAUACACUGGCAUUACCUGGUUGUUGACGAAGGGCAUCGUCUUAAGAAUUAUGACUGUGUUUUAGCACGGACUCUGGUUUCAGGUUACCGAAUUCGGAGGCGGCUCCUUUUGACUGGGACUCCCAUCCAGAACAGUUUGCAGGAACUAUGGUCCCUGCUUAAUUUUCUCCUUCCGAACAUUUUCAACUCGGUCGAGAACUUUGAGGAGUGGUUUAAUGCUCCCUUUGCAGACAAAUGUGACGUCAGCUUAACUGACGAGGAACAGCUGUUAGUCAUUCGCCGCCUGCAUCAUGUCAUAAGGCCAUUUAUUCUGAGGAGGAAAAAAGAUGAGGUUGAGAAGUUCCUACCUGGUAAAACUCAGGUAAUAUUAAAGUGUGAUUUGUCCGCGUGGCAAAAGGUAUAUUACCAGCAAGUGACCGAGCAGGGGAGGGUUGGUUUGGCUCAUGGUUCUGGUCGAUCCAAAAGCCUCCAAAACCUAACAAUGCAACUCCGCAAGUGCUGCAAUCACCCGUACCUUUUCCUCGGAGACUACUUCAUGCAGCGUAGUGAGGAAAUUGUGAGGGCCUCGGGAAAAUUCGAGCUUCUCGAUCGACUUCUCCCAAAGCUCCAUCGAGCAGGCCACAGAGUCCUCCUUUUCUCUCAAAUGACCAAACUCAUGACUAUACUCGGAGACUAUCUCUCCUUAAAGGGCUACCAAUUUCUUAGGCUUGAUGGGACCACAAGCACUGGUGACAGGGGAGAAUUGCUCAAGCAGUUUAAUGCUCCUGACUCACCUUACUUCAUAUUUCUCCUCAGCACGCGGGCCGGCGGGCUGGGCCUGAAUCUGCAGACUGCUGACACUGUUAUCAUUUUCGAUAGUGAUUGGAACCCUCAGAUGGACCAGCAGGCGGAGGAUCGGGCCCACAGGAUCGGGCAGAAGAAGGAGGUGAGGGUGUUUGUGCUCGUGAGCGUGGGGUCCAUCGAGGAGGUCAUUCUGGAAAGGGCCAAACAGAAGAUGGGUAUUGAUGCGAAAGUUAUUCAGGCGGGACUGUUCAAUACGACAUCCACAGCCCAAGACCGAAGGGAAAUGCUAGAGGAGAUCAUGCGCAAGGGCAGUAGUGCCCUGGGCACUGAUGUCCCGAGCGAACGGGAGAUUAACAGGCUGGCAGCCCGUUCAGACGAGGAAUUUUGGCUUUUCGAGAAAAUGGAUGAAGAGCGAAGACAGCGGGAAAAUUACCGGGCCCGCCUCAUGGAGGAGCACGAGGUCCCUGACUGGGUCUACACAAUUCCCGACAUUAAUUCUGCCAAAGCCAAAGGCUCCUUACAUCCCGACAAUAUCCCUGUUACUGGCAAGCGCAUCCGAAAAGAAGUUAUUCGAGACGACACAAUUACCGAGUCUCAAUAUAUGAAGGCUAGGGAGACGGUUAUGUUCGGGAGUGAGGGGAAGGGCGAGGAUGGGUUUGGGUCGGUAUCGAAAAGAAUUAAGCCAGAAGCCGAGAGCUCGAGUAAAAGCGGGCCUGAAGGUUUGGAGAGUGGGCUGAAUGGCUUGACUUGGAGUGUGCAUAAGAGGAAGAGGUCAAGUUUGGCAUGA